UACAAAUUAAGAGAUUUGGAACAUGAGCCUAGAUUAGAAGGGUUUACAUUAAAGCCCAUUUCAUCUGCAGAAGCAAAGGCAUUGCACAAAGGAUUAGGUUUGGUGUAAUAAUUAUUCUUAUCUAUAAGUAAAACUGGCAACACAGCUGGUACUUACAGGAUUAAUCUAAGGAUUUUUUAAUUGUAUUUGUUAAAUUUAAUUCAGUCCAUCUUCAACUUUAACCAUGGUUAAAACAGCAACAGGUUUUGUGAUAUUUCGGACAAUUUCAAACAAAAUUGAAUAUUUGUUGCUACAAACUUCAUAUGGAGUAAAUCACUGGACUCCACCAAAAGGUCACAUGGACCCUGGUGAGACUGAAAUGCAAACAGCCUACAGAGAAACAAAUGAAGAAUCGGGCUUAAAACCAGAUGAUUACAAGGUUUACGAAGAUUGCAAACAAACCCUAAAUUACGAUGUUAAAGGAAAACCAAAAAUUGUUAUUUACUGGCUAGCAAAACUCGUUAACGAUAAAGCUGAAGUUAAAUUGUCCCACGAACACAUAGCAUACAAAUGGUUAACAUUACAGGAUGCCUGCCAAGUUGUAGAGUAUGAAGAAACAAGAACUCUGAUGAAAAAUUGCGAAGAAUACAUUAAAAGUCAUAAUUUAGCCUAAUUAAGGCUCAAUAAAAAAUGUUUUAUUUAA